AUGUGUGUGGGGGAGAGGGAGGUGCAGUGUGUGUGUGUGGGGGAGAGGGAGGUGCAGUGUGUGUGUGGGGGGAGGGAGGUGCAGUGUGUGUGUGUGGGGGAGAGGGAUGGGUGCAGUGUGUGUGUGUGGGGAGAGGGAGGUGCAGGUGUGGGGGUGGGGGGGAGGGUGUGUGUGUGUGUGGGGAGAGGGAGGUGCAGUGUGUGUGUGUGUGUGGGGGGGGGGCAGAGGGAGAGGGAGGUGCAGUGUGUGUGUGUGGGGGAGAGGGAGGUGCAGUGUGUGUGUGUGGGGGAGAGGGAGGUGCAGUGUGUGUGUGUGGGGGGGAGAGGGAGGUGCAGUGUGUGUGUGUGGGGAGAGGGAGGUACAGUGUGUGUGUGUGGGGAGAGGGAGGUACAGUGUGUGUGUGUGGGGAGAGGGAGGUGCAGUGUGUGUGUGUGGGGAGAGGGAGGUGCAGUGUGUGUGUGUGGGGAGAGGGAGGUGCAGUGUGUGUGUGUGGGGGGAGAGGGAGGUGCAGUGUGUGUGUGUGGGGAGAGGGAGGUGCAGUGUGUGUGUGUGGGGAGAGGGAGGUGCAGUGUGUGUGUGUGUGGGGAGAGGGAGGUACAGUGUGUGUGUGUGUGGGGAGAGGGAGGUACAGUGUGUGUGUGUGGGGAGAGGGAGGUGCAGUGUGUGUGUGUGGGGAGAGGGAGGUGCAGUGUGUGUGUGUGGGGAGAGGGAGGUGCAGUGUGUGUGUGUGGGGGGAGAGGGAGGUGCAGUGUGUGUGUGUGGGGAGAGGGAGGUGCAGUGUGUGUGUGUGGGGAGAGGGAGGUGCAGUGUGUGUGUGUGGGGGGAGAGGGAGGUGCAGUGUGUGUGUGUGGGGAGAGGGAGGUGCAGUGUGUGUGUGUGGGGGAGAGGGAGGUGCAGUGUGUGGGGUUUGGAGGUGCAGUGUGUGUGUGUGGGGGAGAGGGAGGUGCAGUGUAUGUGUGUGGGGGAGAGGGAGGUGCAGUGUGUGUGUGUGGGGGAGAGGGAGGUGCAGUGUGUGUGUGGGGGGGGGGGGGGUGCAGUGUGUGUGUGUGUGUGGGGGAGAGGGAGGUGCAGUGUGUGGGGGAGAGGGAGGUGCAGUGUGUGUGUGGGGGAGAGGGAGGUGCAGUGUGUGUGUGUGGGGAGAGGGAGGUGCAGUGUGUGUGUGUGUGUGUGGGGAGAGGGAGGUGCAGUGUGUGUGUGUGGGGGGAGAGGGAGGUGCAGUGUGUGUGUGUGGGGAGAGGGAGGUGCAGUGUGUGUGUUGUGGGGGAGAGGGAGGUGCAGUGUGUGGGGUUUGGAGGUGCAGUGUGUGUGUGUGCGGGAGAGGGAGGUGCAGUGUAUGUGUGUGGGGGAGAGGGAGGUGCAGUGUGUGUGUGUGGGGGAGAGGGAGGUGCAGUGUGUGUGUGUGGGGUGGGGGAGAGGGAGGUGCAGUGUGUGUGUGUGGGGAGAGGGAGGUGCAGUGUGUGUGUGUGGGGAGAGGGAGGUGCAGUGUGUGUGUGUGGGGGGGAGAGGGAGGUGCAGUGUGUGUGUGUGGGGAGAGGGAGGUGCAGUGUGUGUGUGUGGGGGAGAGGGAGGUGCAGUGUGUGGGGUUUGGAGGUGCAGUGUGUGUGUGUGGGGGAGAGGGAGGUGCAGUGUAUGUGUGUGGGGGAGAGGGAGGUGCAGUGUGUGUGUGUGGGGGAGAGGGAGGUGCAGUGUGUGUGUGUGGGGGGGGGGGGUGCAGUGUGUGUGUGUGUGGGGGAGAGGGAGGUGCAGUGUGUGGGGGAGAGGGAGGUGCAGUGUGUGUGUGUGGGGAGAGGGAGGUGCAGUGUGUGUGUGUGUGUGUGGGGAGAGGGAGGUGCAGUGUGUGUGUGUGUGGGGGGGGGGGCAGAGGGAGGUGUCGUAAAGGACAAUAGGAUGAAGAUAUCGCCUUCAACAAACUGGGACGAGCUGCAGACGGGAAAGUAA